AUGCUAACUGCUUGUCUUGUUUUGCAGCGCGAGAAACGUCAGAGCAAAGUGACGAAGUCAGUGCUGAAGAUAACAGAGUACCAUGUGCAGUGUGUGGUGGUGUCUCGCUAUGCCCACACCACGGUCCGCAGCAGCGUGUGGAACCAUCUGGCCACCAUUAAAGAGGCGGCCUUCGAGGUGGACCUGCCCUCCGCAGCCUUCAUAUCCAACUUCAGCAUCACCUCCAAUGGCAAAGAGUACGUUGCCCAGGUAACAGAGCGCACGGCAGCCAGGAAGAUCUACGAUGCAGCCAAGAAGCAGGGCAAGACUGCAGGCCUGGUGGCCACCAAAGAGCGUGAGAUGGAGAAGUUCCGAGUGGCGGUCAGCGUGCCGCCCGGCGCGCGCCUGUCCUUCACCCUGGUGUACGAGGAGCUGUUGUCACGGCGACUGGGUCGCUACGAGCUGGCGCUGGGGCUGCGGCUGGGUCAGCCGGUGCAGAACCUCACGGUGGACGUGAGCAUCAGCGAGCCCAGUGGACUCAGCUUCAUCAAGGCCCUGCCCCUGCGCACCAGCCGACUGCUCACAAAGACAGGUGAUGGUGAGUCCCCAGCGUCCACUCAGGUGCAGCAGCGCUCCCACUGCGCGCGCGUGCGCUACAGCCCCACAGCCCAGCAGCAGCUCAGCUCCGGCCCCAAGGGCCUCAGCGCAGACUUCAUCGUCCACUACGACAGUGACCACAAGGACCUGAUGGGAGACAUACAGGUGCAUGAUGGGUAUUUUGUCCAUUAUUUUGCUCCACGAGAUCUUCCAGUGGUGCCCAAAGAUGUCAUAUUUGUCAUUGACAUCAGCGGCUCAAUGAUCGGCAUCAAGAUGAAGCAGACCAAGCAGGCCAUGUUCACCAUCCUGGCGGAGCUUAGGGAGGGGGACUUCUUCAACAUCAUCACCUUCUCGGAUAAAGUCCACACCUGGAGGAAGGGACGCACCGUCCAGGCUACGCGUCACAACAUCCGGGAUGCCAAAGAGUUCAUCAGGAAGACCAAUGCCGAGGGCUGGACCAACAUCAACGCGGCGCUGUUGUCUGCCGCUCAGCUGCUGAACCCCUCCUCUUCCUCUCCCUCGUCCCGCUCCUCCUCCUCCUCCUCCUCCUCCUCCUCUCGUCGCGUGCCCCUCAUCAUCUUCCUCACCGACGGGGAGGCCACCAUCGGCGUGACGGCCGGCGACACCAUCCUCCGCAACGCGCAGUCGGCCCUGGGCGCGGCCACGCUCUUCGGCCUGGCGUUCGGCGACGACGCCGACUACCCGCUGCUCAGGCGGCUGGCGCUGGAGAACCGCGGCGUGGCGCGCAUGGUGCACGAGGACGCCGACGCCGCGCUCCAGCUGACCGGCUUCUACCGCGAGGUGGCCAGUCCGCUGCUCUCCGACGUGCAGCUGACCUACCUGGAGCCCCGCGCGGAGCAGCUCACGCGCACCCUCUUCCCACACUACUUCAAGGGCUCGGAGCUGGUGGUGGUGGGGCGUCUGAAGCGUGGUGCCCAGCAGGUGAAGGUGGCGCUGUCGGCCAGCAACGCCAAGCGCAAGAUGCGAGUGGAGCGAGAGCUGGCGGCGCCCGUGGCGGGCGCUGACGGAGAGGCCUCUGGCGGGCUCGCCUGCCCGGGCGUGGGGCCCGGCGGUGCCAGCUUCGUGCGCCGGCUGUGGGCGUACUUCACCAUCAAGGAGCUGCUGCUGGCGCGCGCCAACAGCAGCGAGGUGGGCAUGCAGCGCUUGCUCACCGAGAAGGCCGCCAACCUGUCGCUGGCGUACAACUUCGUCACGCCCGUCACCUCGCUGGUGGUGGUCAAGCCGGACGCGGACGAGGUGACCACGCCGAAACCGACCACGCCGCCGGCGCCCACGUCCUCGUCUUCCACGACCGUCACGACCAGCGCAGCAUCCAGCACCCCCUCUGCCCGCACCACCACAACCACCACCACCACCACCACCACCACACAGAGCCCCGCGGGCCGAGUGUCCAGCCCCAGCCCGGGCCCCAAAGCUGGGGUACCCCCGUCCAGCAAGCACCCUCGGCCGACCCUCUCCCUGCCCCCCCGGCCUCAGCCGCCCCCGGGCCUCCACACCACUGGUCACCCCUCUGGCCCUCCCGCCCCCCCGGCGGCCCCCCCUUCAGCUGCCGUGUCGCCUCGCUGGACCACCACUGCCCCCACGAGCCCCGCCCUCUCCAGUAAGCCCACUGGUGCAGCCCUGGCCUCCCUGGUCAAAACCACGCCUGCCCCGAGCACGUCCGCACCUGACAGAACCACGCCGGCCCCCAGCUCAGCUUCUCCGCCCAGCAAAGACUCGUCCACCGCGGGCCCCGACGAGGGCACCAUGGCUGACGUGGACCCCCAGCAGCCGCCCGCAGCUCAGGACAACGUGCCCGACGUCGCCCUCGACGUUGCUCUCGACAUCGCCACCCUGGUGGCCGCCACCUUCAUGCCGAUGCCGGGGGUCACGAAUGCCCCCAAGCCGUGGGAGGCCGUAGGACUGUUAGAUGUCUCCACUGCAAUCCAGGUGCAGGAGAAAGAUAUGGACCAGAUCAAAGAUUACGAAGCUACUUACGACUAUGAUUAUGACUACGACCACCACCAUGAGCUUGGUUUUGAGGCCUGGGACCAGAACGCCUCUCUGGACAGCCCAACUACUCUCAGCUCUGUCAGAGGUUUCUCAUCCUCAGUGGAUGGAGAUCCCCACUUUGUGGUGCAGCUGCCCAAACUGCAGCAGAAUCUGUGCUUCACCAUCGACGGCAACCCCAGUGAUGUGCUGCGCCUGGUGGAGGACCCAGAGACAGGCAUUAUCGUGGACGGACGUCUUUUCCUGGCCCCCUCCAAGCAGGGUGUAGAGGACCGCACGCGCACCUACUUUGACCAGAUCACCAUGACAGCAGCAGGUUACUUCCUCACCAUGACGAUGGAUGCCAUCGCUGUGGAGAAGGAUGAGCUCGUGAUCCUGCCCACCAAUCGGUCAGGCUCGGUGACGCGGCCAGGCCUGCGGGUUGUCAUGGACACCCACGAGGGAUGCUGGGUGGAGGUGGGCGGAGACGUGCGCUUCCUGGUGCUCUUCCAUCACUACAGUCACCCCAGCUACCUGCAGAUGGCACACCUGGGCUUCUACGUCGCCAACGGCCAAGGCCUCUCCGCCCUCACGCAUGGCCUGCUGGGUCAGUUCCAGCACAUGCACCUGGAGGUGGUGCCGCUGGGGGGUGACGACGCAGACGCAGCCCAGCAGAGGCAUCCGAGGCCGGGCCCAGCAGCUGCGGAGGCAGAGGGGGAGGGGGACACAACGGAGCCCUUGGGCCUGCUGAAGCUCGGGGACCUGCUGCUGGCCGUGUCCCUGCAGGAGAAGCGGCUGAAGGACUCGGUGGGCAGGAGGCACGACGCCCAGUGCUGGGUGCUGCCCAAGCCACAGGUGGAGCGGCUACUGGGGCACCCGUACAACAGCUAUGUGGUGGAGCGCGUGUGA